AGAAAGUUAGAGAAAACAUUAAAAAAAAAAACUGUGAAAAGAAAAAUUUACUGAUUAUAAACUGUGAAAAAUCAUUUCAAUGUCGUGCUUUUAUUUUUUAUGAUUCUACAGAAUUCGGUGCUGGAAUUUAAGAAAGUGGUGAAUGCAAAGGAGCAGGUGGUUUCUGGAAUGAUGUAUUAUAUAACCUUGGAGGCAAUGGAUCGUGAUAGGAAGAAAGUCUACGAAGCUAAAGUCUGGGAGAAGCCUUGGUUGAAUUUCAAGGAGGUCCAGGAGUUCAAGCUCGUCGGUGAUGCUCCUGCAGCUUCCAGCACUUAGCUAGGUGACUGCAGAUGAGAUGUUGCUGACUAUGCUUUAUCAGGUCAGGGGUUGAAGAUGUAUAGAACACAUCAGAACAUGAUGUUCGUGUUCUGGCUGAAACAAAUGUACCUUCACUGUUUUCAAUCUAUCUUAUAAUUAAGUACAACUAUUUUA